GAUGUGUCCAUCAUCGCUGAUCAUCAUUAGUCAGUGUAUGCAGGUUGAUUUAGGAGGCAGAUGUUGGUACCCGCUGUUUUGCGACUCCUGUUGGUUCCACAGAGAGUCGCAGCCUUCCUUCAGCUCCAACAACAGACUUUUUGUUGUCUGCUGCUACAAACCGGCAUUGUUUUUCCUUUUUACAUCAACAAUAGAAGCCUGGAUACAACCGGUUCGUACUGCAGGGAUGUCGAAAUUAAAGCUGAUCUCUGUAACUGACACACAGUUUCCUGUGUCCUUGCUGGAGGCCAUCAGUGAGCAGCGAAACAACGGAUUAUUCUGUGAUAUGACCAUAAUUGUGCAGGACCGCAAGUUCAGGGCACACAAGACAAUGCUAUCGGCAUCUAGCACUUACUUUCGGCAGCUUUCUUUGGUCGCAGGACAAGUGAUUGAGCUAAAUUUUAUCAAGGCGGAGAUAUUUGAAGAAGUCCUGAAUUACAUAUACACUUCAAAAAUCCACCACAUUCGGUCUGACAAGCUUGAAGAUCUUAUCAGUGCAGGCCAGAUCUUGGGAGUCAAGUUCAUUGCCAAUCUCGCAGCCCCACUUUCACAAGUCAAGGGGCUGCCUGGCUUGUCAAAAGAAGGAGAGACAAGCACUGUUAACAUCGCUGAGAAGAAUGAAAUCGGAGCAGAGAGCAUGCCAAUCAUCACUGAAUCGUUCUCUUUAUCUGCCAAGGAAUUCAAAAUGGUAAGUGGCAGUAUUGAGAGAGAUGAUCCAGACAACGAUGAUGUUCUUUUUGUGUCAGAGUUGGAGGCGCCGAAAGCCCAGAAGAUGAAGCAAUCUCAGAUUAUAGAUUUGGAUGUGGAGGAAGGACCAGAGCCUAAAAGACGAAAAGGCACAAAUGAGGAAGAGCUGAGUCCUAAACAGGGAAGACUCCAAAAUGAGGAGAGCAUGCUUCCUUCAGAAGGUGAUGCGCCAAAGAAAUUCCAAGACAACGCACAACCCCAUGCAAUCCCUGCAGCUGUCCCAAUGUCCCCAAGCUCCAGUGAUGUUGUGAUGAUAUCUGAUGCAAGAUCUUCCACACAGAGUGCACCCUCUACUCCAGCUCAUGUGAACAGUCUUACCCCUGACUCUCUAAAUGCCACUCUGGAACCAAGUGAAGUGCUUGGAGUUCAGAAGAAGGUGGUUUUGUUGGAGCAAUCACCGGAUCGGCCAAGCAGGAUUAGACUGUCAGACGUGAGGCCAACCUUCAAUACUAAUGAUGGAACUGGGCUAGAUGCUGCUUUGAUGAAGAAGACUAUUACAUUAGACAAAGCCUCAGAAAUCGAUUCGCUGUCGUCAGGAUGUAAGGUUUAUGCCAACAUAGGAGAGAACACCUAUGACAUUGUUCCUGUGAAAGAGUACUCGGGUGAAGGAGAGGCUCGACCUGCUCCUGGACGAAAAUCACAGACCUCAGUGCAUGGUCCAAGCAAUCUGACCACCGGCCCGUCUCGAGGUAAGAAAAAAGGUAAAGCGGAGCAAGAGGACCAUUAUGAACUUAUGACCACUAUGAACAUUAUGACCACUAUGAACAGGUAUUUAUUCUCUAGUGGACCAAAUGGGUUCUUUUACUCCUCUUUCAAACAAACAUUCAUUGAACUGGAAAUAGCUGGUGGUCAGGCAGUGGACAAGCAGGGUACAAAUGUGAUCCGUGGUGAGCUGGUCGGAGCAGAUUACCGUUUUAUCCUGCAUGCCGUUCUAAGCGACAGUUAUGAUGAAGCUGCAUUAUUAGCUGCAGUCCCAUGCUUAAAUCCUAAGAAUGAUGACUACGAAGUAGUUAAAACUAAGAUAGAAGAAGGUGGCAAAACCACCACAAAACAUGAGUUUAAGUUCUACUGGAAAGAUAGUGAUAAAGCCAUGAGUGAGUUAAAGGAACAAUUGACGCAUUAUCUGCUCUCAUGA